GCGUGACGUCACGCCGUCUCCUCGCACCGACCCCGAUCUUCGAGCCUCCACAGUCGGUCAUGAGCACCCGGCGAGCAACCAGUUUGCCGAAACGUCCCUGACGCUCGCCCAAGCCAGUCGCCGAACCACAAGCAGGCCUCGCAUUUUGGAUUACGUCGCCGAAACCCGCGAGCGUUCGCCGGCUGAAACGUCCACCGCAAACCGCUCAGGAAGACAGGGGAGCUGACACGGUCAUGAUGCGGUGAGGCCGGCUAUCCAGGGGCGUGUCGAGUCACGCCGGACAAGACCAGGCGGACAUGAAGACCGGACAGCCCAAGGACGCGCUCCUGUCCGACGAAGAGAACUCCUUCGAUGAAGACGACGAAAGGACGCCGCUCAACGCGGCAUACGCCAGUCGGCGCAACAGCCAGGACAACAAGGGCUGGGACAUCUUCGUGGUGACCCCCAACACCGAGGAUGACGAGACCGUCAACUCGAAAUGGGUGGACAUCACGCUCAAGAUCAUCAAGGUCGGCGCCUACCUGGUCACCUUUGCCCUCGUCCUCGUCUCGGCGGUCAUCUCCAAGGGGACGCUUCUCUUCAUCACGUCGCACAUAGCCAAGAGAACGGUGCCGGUCUGUCGAAAUGGACUGGCUGUGGAACGGGACAAAGAACACGAAGCAAGCAUAAAUGACAUCGAAAAGAUAGCGUGGCUCUGGGUCCUCUUCUUCAUCUUGAUCAUACCAGAGCUGUUUACACUGUUCAGGAGUUCCAGGAUAUGUGUCUUCAAGUCCUAUCGUUGUCCAGACAAGAGCACGUUCUUCACGGUGUUCAUCAUGGAAACUCUUCACACGAUAGGACUCUCCAUGCUUGUAUUCGUAGUCUUGCCGGACUUGGACGUAGUCAAGGGCGCCAUGCUAACCAACUGCGUCUGCUUCGUACCGGGCUUCUUUAGCAUGCUAUCCCACUACAAAGGCGAGAACAAGCGCGCCCUCAAGUUUAUCCUGGACGCCCUCAGUCUUCUAGCCCAGGCCACGGGCUUCUUCAUCUGGCCCUGGGUCGUGAGCGGUUCAAGAGCGUGGGCGGUACCAGUCGCGGUCUUCCUCACCUCGUUUCAAUGGUGGGAGAACUACGUCGAGAGGAGGUCUCCCCUGAGGUUCAUCGCCAGGCUUGGCGAGAUGAAGGAUGACCUGCGAAAAAGCAGGUACUUUACCUACAUCUUCAUCUCCUGCUGGAAGAUUCUGGUCAUCUUCUGCUGCAUGCUCGGCUUUAUGACACUAACCCUGGACAACGUGCUCACCGUCUUCCGCAACUUUGCCGGCGGCUUCCGGACCCACAAGAUCGAUGUCAUCCAGAUCCGCAAGCAAACUCUGGGAGACCUUCCAGACUUGCCCACGGCUAGUCCUCUGGAUGAUGACGUGUCUAUCGUGGCCAGCGAAUGGACUCCUAUCUUCGUGGCUGCCAUUCAGGUCUUGUCGAGUCUUUUGUGCUACGUGUCUGCCAAGUUCGCCUGCAAGAUAUGCAUCCAAGGAUUCAGCUUUGCUUUUCCGAUCAGCCUCACCAUUCCCGUGACCAUUUCGCUGCUCAUCGCCGCAUGUGGAAUUCGGACUGAGGACGUGUGCUUCUUCGAGAACUACAUGCCCAAGUAUCUGUUCUGGAGGUGCCCCGCCGGAGAGUUUUUCCAGGAGUUCAUCACGACGCAGCACGCUUGGAUAUGGCUCGCUUGGCUGUUGUCGCAAACGUGGAUAGCUGUCCACAUCUGGAUGCCCAAAUGCGAGAGGCUUGCUUCGACGGAAAAACUCUUCGUGAAUCCGAUGUACUGCGCUGCGCUGAUCGACCAGUCGAUUGCCAUGAACCGGCGAAGGGACGACGAAGGCGAAAUUAAGAGCGAUGAGCUGGCUCUGGACACGCACGACGACAACGACAUCUCCCAGUACUACGAGACCAUCUCGAUCCAGACGGAAUCGUCGGGAAACCAGAACGGUCGGACGGCUUCGUGCGCCAAGACCACGGACCACAUCAUCCGCAUCUACGCGUGCGCCACAAUGUGGCACGAGACUACGGAAGAGAUGAUACAGAUGCUCAAGUCCGUCAUCAGGAUGGACGAAGAUCAAAGUGCCAGGCGGAAUGCCCAGAAAUACCUACGGAUCGUCGACCCUGACUACUACGAGUUCGAAGUACACGUGUUCUUCGACGACGCGUUCGAGCUGAGCGACGACAACGACGAGGAGAUGGUCGUCAACCGAUUCGUGAAGCAGAUGGUGCGAGUCAUCGACACCGCCGCCAGCAACGUCCACCAGUGCAACAUCCGCCUCAAGCCUCCCAAGAAGCUCCCGACUCCGUACGGUGGCCGCCUCGUGUGGCAGAUGCCCGGCAAGAACAAGCUGAUCGCUCACCUGAAGGACAAGAGCAAGAUCAGGCACAGGAAGCGUUGGUCCCAGGUCAUGUACAUGUACUACCUCCUCGGACACAAGCUGAUGGAACUGCCCGUCGACGUCAGCCGCAAGGCCGUCAUGGCCGAGAACACCUUCAUCCUGGCCCUAGACGGAGACAUCAACUUCAGGCCUCACGCCGUGCAGCUUCUGGUGGACUUGAUGAAGAAGAACAGGGGUCUCGGCGCUGCUUGCGGAAGGAUUCAUCCUGUUGGAACGGGUCCGAUGGUGUGGUACCAAAAGUUCGAGUACGCCAUCGGCCAUUGGCUGCAGAAAGCCACGGAACACAUGAUCGGCUGCGUGCUUUGUAGCCCCGGCUGCUUCUCGCUCUUCCGGGCCAAGGCACUCAUGGACGACAACGUCAUGAGGAGGUACACCACACGCUCCGAUGAGGCUCUGCACUACGUCCAGUACGAUCAAGGAGAGGACCGUUGGCUCUGCACCCUGUUACUCCAGCGAGGCUAUCGUGUGGAGUACAGCGCUGCCUCAGACGCCUACACUCACUGUCCCGAAGGCUUCGGAGAGUUCUUCACUCAGCGUCGUCGUUGGGCCCCGUCCACCAUGGCCAACAUCAUGGACCUGCUGGGAGACUACAAGCGCACCGUGGCCAUCAACGACAACAUCUCGUUCCCGUACAUAAUCUACCAGGGCAUGUUGAUGGUGGGCACAAUCUUGGGUCCAGGCACGAUCUUCCUCAUGUUGGUUGGUGCCAUGGUGGCCGCGUUCAAGAUCUCCAACUGGAUCUCCUUCUCGUACAACAUCGUACCCAUCCUCCUCUUCAUGGUGAUCUGCUUCACCACCAAGAACGACAUCCAGAUCAUCGUGGCCCAAAUCAUGAGCGCAUCAUACGCGUUACUCAUGAUGGCCGUGCUUGUGGGAACAGCCAUCCAGAUCUCUGAGGACGGCGUCGGGUCGCCUUCGGCCAUUUUCCUCAUCUCACUCUCUGGCAGCUUCUUUAUAGCGGCCGUGAUGCAUCCGCAAGAAUUCAUGUGCAUCAUCCCGGGAUUACUCUACUUCCUCAGCGUACCGUCCAUGUACCUCCUUCUGAUCCUCUACUCCCUGAUCAACCUCAACGUCGUCACGUGGGGCACACGCGAGACUCAGACAAAGAAGUCCAAGAAGGAAAUCGAAGAAGAACGCAAAGAGGAGGAGGAACUGGCUAAGAAAAAGAACAAGACGGGUCUUCGAGGCCUCCUGGACCUCGGCAAGAGCGAAGACGAAAGCCUGUUCGGACUUCCAGGUCUCUUCAGCUGCAUGAUCUGCUCGAACCCGACCAACAGGGAAGAGAAGGUUCACCUGGUCAGGAUCAGCGACCAGCUGGACCAGCUGAGCAAGAAAAUCAGCAGCAUGGAAAGGCAGCUGGAGGUUGUCCACGGCCUACCACCACCAAGGAGGAAGUCGACUCUUCACGGCAGAAGUUCCAGGCAGUCGGAGGGAGGCCUGUCGGUGCUCAACGAGGAUGCGAUUGAAGAUGACAACGAAUACGGUAGUGACACCUGUGGAUCGCUCAGUGAACAGCUUGAGCCACGACAAGAACGAGACGACCUGAUCAACCCGUACUGGAUAGAAGAUAAAGAGCUGAAGCGCGGUGAAGUCGAGUACCUGCCAGGUCCAGAGAUCCAGUUCUGGAAGGACAUGAUCGAAAAGUACCUCUACCCCAUCGACGAAAACAAAGAGGAACAGGCCAGAAUCGCCGCGGACCUCAAGGAGCUUCGAAACCGAGUGGUGUUCGCCUUCUUCAUGCUGAACGCCCUCUUCAUUCUGAUCGUUUUCCUGCUUCAACUCAACAAAAAGCAGCUCCACGUCAACUGGCCGCUGGGUGUUAAGACCAACAUCACGUUCAUACCGGACACAAGCCAGGUGGUCAUCGAAAAAGAGCACCUCCAAUUGGAACCCAUCGGUCUGAUCUUCGUGAUCUUCUUCGCCGUCAUCAUGAUCAUCCAGUUCACAGGGAUGCUAUUCCACCGCUUCGAGACCCUGUCCCACAUCCUGGCCUCCAUCGAACUUUCCUGCUGCAACCAGAAGGUGGAGGACGUCAGCGACGACGCCUUCAUCGAUCGGAACGCCAUCCAGAUCGCCAGGCAGCUCCAGAGGCUCAAGGGCAUCGACGAGGACGACGACAACUCGGACGAGUACCUGGGACCCGAACGACUGGCGCGCCGGAAGACCAUUCAGAACCUGGAGAAGCGUCGGCACCAGAGGGCCAGGACGGGCACGCUAGACGUGGCCUUCAGGAAGCGGUUCAUGAACAUCAACGCGGUGGACACCGAAGGAACACCUGUGCUCAGCGGUCUACGUCGCUUCAGCCGGAACCGAGACACCCUACGAGCCCUCGAAGUCCGGCGCAACACCGUCCUGGCCAACCACAGCAAGAUGCAGACCCUAGGCGCCAAGAACCAGUACACGGCGGGCGUCGCCGCGGCAGCCGCCGGCGGCGCAGCGGGACCUCCUGGAGUCCGACCACGUCACCGAAACAACAACCUCCCUGCAGACAGGGUUUUCGCGCCGUCCGUUGCCGAAGGCUACACCAACGACGCGUACGAGACUGCUCCCGCAGAGGAAGACUCCUCAGCAAGACAAAGCCUGAGGCUACAGGUCUACAACGACCGGCGAAGCAGCGUCGCGAGCUUCGCCGACGACGCCGAGAGCGGCGCGCCGGCGCGCAAGCCGCCCAGGCUCAGCCAUAUGUGAUUCCAGAGAACUGUCCACGAAUUCUCUAGGAACUGUAGAGAAAUUGCAGACGGUGAAUCGUCGGGUGAUGCCCCAGGUUGUUUUUUUAGAGAUGGCAUACGCUCAGCCCUGAACCUUUCGUGGUGUGGUGGUGGAAGUGGGCGUCGGGUAUCGGCGAUUCACGUGGUGAAGACCGUUUCACAUGCUGCGAUGUUUGGAAGAAAAUGCGAGUGAGACGCAGCACAGCCGUCACCGACCACAUAUCUUUUUCAACGCCAGUGGUGAUGGUGAUAAAGAUGGUGUCCGUAACGCGUCGUACACAUACACUUCUGCAAAACACAGCACUAUGUGGAGCGGCCUUCAUUGCGAACAACUAUUCAGGCUCCUCUGUUCUAAGAAAGAUGUGGCGAGAUUUACCGAGAAAUCGAUCCGGCAAAAACGUAGAGAGGAAAUCUCCGCGGCGGCUGACGAAUUCGCUGAACUUCAUUGACUGUCAAACAACUUAGAGACAUUCUGAGCCCUCCUACCCCAAGGCCCAGGAGGUGAAGAAGAAAAGAAGGCUAAUAAGAAAACCAGGGUCAGCAAUGUGAUUACGUGACGGAGGGCUCGUCACACGUCACGUGACCAUUAUUUUACAGCAAGUUCUAGAAAGGUGAGUCAACAGAUAUUUUGGGAAAUUAUAUACACGAGCGCCGUAAGCUGGAGUAAAAAGCCCUCUACACUGUUCAACCAAACCAACACCUGCUAGAUAACAAGUCCGUAGGGCUGAAUAUUUCGCGUCACCUGAAGAGGCAAACUUGGGCCUCGGAUUGGGUACGAGUGGUGCGUCAGCUUUCGGCCGGGACUCGUGUUCAAUUAGCGAGGACACGAGUGCGAGCCGAACGUCGACAAGGUACUCGUGUCAAAUCUGCGCCCUGCGAUGGUCUCUUAAGAUGACGUCGGAAGUUCAGCCCUACGACCUAGUCACCUAAAAGCUGUUGACCGAACUGACUGUUUCUCGUGCGAUCUCGCCAUCUUUGUUAGAGUAGAGGAGGCUACAAGAUCGGGCGCGACGAUUGUGCAACGACGAUGUUUCUCUCGCCCAAGAAACAUUUCAACCCGUUCCGCACGCACAGACGGUGUGUUGUCCCAACAUUCGGUUUCCCAGUGGUGGUUCCAAAAACAAAACAAAAAAGUAUGUCCAGUUCGUCCAGGAGCAACAAAUAAAACUAUACGCCCCUGUCGUCGCAUUGUAAAACUGGAGGUUUUCAAGAUUGCUUAUGGGACGAAAACGCGCCAAAGCACAAGAACACAACAGGCAGAGACUGACUAAUUGAAAACAUGUAUUUUUGUAAAACAUGUAUUACAGGCAGCGACGCACAUUGCUUUCAUGUGCUCUCCCAGGUAUGUUCUUGUCCUUUUGCACCGUUGCUUCCUACGAUGAAUCGGCAACUCGAAUUACAAUCAAAAAGAACGUUAGGUAGCGACGUAACACUGAGUCUCAAAACAGUCGAUACGCGCGGCAAUGCUGUCGGCUACAUUGUAGUAUACAAAAUCGAGCGUUACUUUCACGUGUAACUUGAGAACAUUACCUUAUGAGCAUUUUUUUACGCCAAUAAGGUCACCCCUUCUAUCAGUAAAAGACGAGGUAUGCAGGAAACAAUGGCUGGUGACUGUGGCUUUGAUUUAGAGAUUUAUCGACCAAAGGUGACACAUGCAACGACAUGCGCCAUCCAGAAAGACAAGCGCAAAGUUACGCUUUUAUUUCCCGCCUUUUAAGUUCUGUUACAAAUCGUCGGUCGUAAUAAUACGUAAAUCACGCAUAGGUGAGACCGGGAUGCAAUCACUGACAAGGAAGGCCAUCAAGACCACAAGAUCUAAAUUAAAAGUGGCCGGUAUAGCGAACCUCGUAAUGAUAAGGACAACUCUGCACUCCUAAAGAGAUAAUAAAGGUGUUCGUUUUCUAAUUUAAA